AUGUCUGCUGAACAAAGUCAGCAAGUUCGUUCUCAAGAUGCACAGCAGCAUCAGAAUGUUUACAAUUCAUUGUCCGAAAGUGACCGUCAGGCUCGUGUUAACCAAAAUUCUCACAAUCAAAGAGAAUAUCUAAACUCUUUGUCUGAUGCUCAAAGACAAGCACGCCAAGUUCGCGAUGCUCAACAGCAUCGAAAUGCUUAUCAGGUGCCUGAGCGUGGUGCUGCUAUUGCAGAGCAAAACCUCAACAGGUACCAUCAAGCUCAAGCAACUCGAAGGCCUUCAAAAGCAGCAAUCCUCAAUGCUGAAGGUCGGCUGCGCUACGGCAUCCCUGAGGAAGACUACCUCGGUGGUCUUACUGUGCGCUGCAGCAACUGCGGCGCCAUGCACUUUCCAGACGAGAAAUCUGGAAGCAGCACUACUUUUUCUGACUGUUGUCAGAACGGCAAAAUUAAGGAUUGGUUUCAGUUGAGACCAGUUCCAGAACAGUUACAAAAACUGUUCACUGAUGCAUUUAAUCAAAGUGCUAAUGCUUUUGACAAAGAGCAAAGUAGGCACUUUUUAAAAAACUUGAGACAUUACAACAAUGCUCUCCAAUGCGCUUCACUUUCGUACAAGUCCGUAAACAUUCCUGGACACGGACCUUAUGUCUUUAAAAUCCAAGGCAUAACUUACCACUACACCUUCAACAUCAAUCAGAUUCGUGAAGGUGAAUUAGGUCAAAGGAAUCAGCUGUACAUUUUAGAUACAGCUGAUCAGACUGCUCAUCGCCAAACAAAUGCGCGGCAGUACAACCACAACCUAAGGCCAUACAUUCUCAAUGUUCUCAAACAUUGUCUCGAUGAAGCAAACGAGACUUAUGAGAACUUAAGAAGAAUGUUUGAAAUGGCUAAUGUUGAGGAAGUGGCUGUUGCCUUUGCACCUGUUCAGCCAGGUCGACCCAACGCUGACCGCGAGCGCAUGCCAGAAGCUCGCGAGAUUGUCGGUUUGAUCAAUCAAGUCGACGAUGACACUGAGCGUGGUAUUACUAUCACUUUCAAUAAUAAUAACGAGAAGGUGUUUUUCAACUACGACAAAGGGUUUAACCCGCUCCUUCACAGUAGAGAUUUGCUCCAGCAGUAUGCUGUCGAUUCAUACUCUAAAGUUCUGCAAAACAGGCUUGACUUUAUCAAGCUCAACCAAAAAGAACUUUGGGCCGAAGAGUAUGCAGUUCAGCAACGGUACGCAAUGGAGCAAACUGAACGCGAAAAUGCCAAUCGAGGCAGAGGUCGCGGUCGUGGUAGAGGCAGAGGCCGUCCUGCCAACCAAAACGUGCAAGGCCGUGGUCGCGGUCGCGGCAGAGGCCAUCUCUCUACUGAGAGAACUUUACAGCCUGACAUGCUCAACCCAACUGAGCCAGCUCGCCCACAGCAAGGUGGUCAAGCUAGCAAUGCUCCCGGUGUCGGUGUGAGAGUUUCGAUUCUCCCGGCAACAUUUGUUGAUAGCGAACGUUAUCACAAAGGACAGUACCAUGAUGCCAUGGCCAUCAUUAGAAAGUUUGGAAAACCUGACUUUUUCAUAACUUUCACUUGCCAUGCUAACUGCAGAGAGGUUACUGAAAACCUCUAUGAAGGUCAAAAACCAAGUGACCGACCAGACUUGAUUGUCCGAGUUUUCAACUUAAAAGUUGAAAGACUUCUCAAGGACAUUUAUAAAAAUGGCAUUCUUGGCCGUUGCGUCGCUUACACUUCUGUUGUGGAGUUCCAAAAGCGGGGCCUUCCUCACUUGCAUCUACUGGUGAUGCUGCAUGAGUCGAGCAAAGUUCGCAACUUUGAUCAUUUGAACUCAAUUAUAACUUGCGAAAUCCCUCCUGAAGCAUCUGCAGAUGAACAGGACGUACUAUUUCGCCAAGCCUUGAGCGACUUUAUGCUCCAUCGCAAAUGUGGUCAUGAAAAUCCUCAGGCAGUUUGCAUGCGCACUCGAAAAGCUCCCCGCUAUUCUCCGCCAGCUGUUGCAGAGAAUGCGGGUCAGCAGCCUCAGCAGCCUGAUCCUGCCCAACAAGCAGGACAAAACAAUGCUAAUGAACAACAAAAUGAUGAUAUUGUUGUUCCACCACCUCUAAAUGAAAGGCAAGCUGAAGAUAGUUUGUCUGAAGAAGACGACAUCGAUAGCUUUGUCGUUCGCGACCGUCCUAGAAAUAGGGCGGGCAACAAUCAGCCGACAGUUGAUCCACCUGUCGAUGAAAACGAAAACCGUGAGCUUUUCGAAGGUGAAAAUGAGUUCCAUGACGAGGACUCAUUUGAUCAAAAUGUCGACGAUAUGUUUGAUCGACAUUUCGACUUUGAUCCGGAGGGAAGUAUUCACGUGGAUACUCCUCCAGUCAUACCGGAAAACAAUGUGACCGGUCGCUCUGGCUACAUUCAGCCAAGAGAG